AUGAAAUUCAGAAGACUUCAGUCCCAAGGCAUACCAAUCUUGCCUCACUCAUUUUUAUUGGGACAUUUUCUCAUUGUGAUCCAAUUUUACAGAGAUUGGGCCUUUGACGCCAACUUCAUACAGACCUUUGGCUUCUACAUCAGCAAGUACUGGCAGAAGUUCUUCCCAAACGAGCAAGAAUGUCCCCCUGUCGUUUACGUCGAUGUAUGGCCUAUUUCCAGGCCCAUGGCAUUUUCCCUACAGGCCUACGUAUCCAACCAAAUGGAGAUUGGGAACAGCCUGCCAAAGUCACCGAUGCAAGGAGAGUUUUUGAAUCCCAUUUCGAAUGGGAAGGACCUCAACUGCAUGCACGGGGAGGAGUGGCACAUGUGGCGCUCGAGAUUCAACCCUGGAUUCAGUCGCACCAACAUCAGAACCUGGAUACCCGCUAUUAUCGAGGAGGUUGACGCAUUUGCGGAUGUACUCAAAGGCCUUUCCGGUGGUGACGGCCAAUGGGGUCAGGUUUUCCCUUUUGAGCAGAUAUCCAGCAAUUUGGCAUUUGAUGUCACGGGCAGAGUGGUUCUUGACACCCGGCUUAACUCUCAAUCGCUAUAUCCCUCUCCAUUCACCAUCGCAUACCGCGAGCAACUGAGCCGCAUGGAAAUAACUUUGAGCCCUCGCAAGCUUCUUUGGAGGAUUACCCCGUUGUUCAAACUGAUCGUACGGCGUAAGAGAAACCAGCUCUUUAAACAUCUUCGACCCUUUAUCACAAAAGGUAUAAAUGAUGCUAGCAAUAGGCCACGAACCGUAAUCCGGUCUGCAGUUGAAGAGUAUACUGGCGAACUCGGAGUCGAGGGAACCCGCGCCAAUACCCCCGAUGACGCCUUCAUCGAAAAAGUCUUCUACCAGCUGAUGAUAUUCUUCUUUGGCGGGGAUGAUGCGUUAUCUAUCACAAUUCCCCGUGUAUUCAGACAACUCCAGUUAAACCCCGAAUGUGUGGCAAAAUUGCAGGCUGAACAUGACGCGGUUCUUGGCUCCGAUCCAAGCCUUGCUGCAGAGAAGAUUCGGGAAGCACCCCAUAUCCUGGACUCGUUGCAAUAUACCCUGGGAGUGAUUAAGGAGACGCUGCGCAUGAAUCCAGCAACGAUCACGAUUCGGGAAGGUCAGCCUUCAUUCAACCUGAAAAUAAACGGGGAAGACAAGCCAUGGCCGACAGACGGGUUCGAUCUGUUUGACAGCUCUAUCACCAUUCACCAUGACCCAGCCAACUUCGUUGACCCCCUCAAAUUCAUCCCUGAGCGAUUUUCCGCCUUGGAAGGCGACAAGUUACACCCGGCGAGGAACAUAUGGCGUGGGUUCCAACUUGGGCCUAGGAAAUGUAUCGGGCAGGAACUGGCUGUCGUUGUGCUCAAGUUGGUGUUGGUAUUUACUGUCCGUAAUUUUGAUAUUGAGAUGGCCUGGGAUGAAUGGGAUAAGGUGCGGGAACUGCAGGGCUUGAAAGUGGACCGCCGGACUGUCGAGGGUGAACGAAUGUAUACCACUGGGAAAGCGACCUCGCACCCAAAAGAUGGUGCACCGAUGCACGUUCGGAUGCGGAACUUGGGCAAGAAAUAG